AGGGGCUCGGAGACACACACACACACAGACACACACGCUCUCUCUCUCUCUCUCUUUCUCUCUCUCACACACACACACACACACACACUUGCACGGACACACACACACACACACACACACACACACUCAGAGGGAGAGAGAGAGAGAGCAGCCAUAGUCAAGACACGGAGACACGGCAACAACAAGCAGCAGCAGCAGCGCCUCCUCCUCCUCCUCCUCCUCCUGCUGCUGCUGCUCCUCCUCCUCCUCGCGCUCCGGCAGAACGGCGAAGGCGGCCAGGUGCACGACGAGCCUCCGCGCCGCGCCUCCUCUCAAUGGGACGGGACCCGCUUUCUCCUCGGCCCUGAGCGCGGAGGGGAGAAUGUGAUAAACAGGAGGGACGCCAGAAAGAGGGGGGGGCUGAAAAUGCCAAGGAGGAAACAGGAGCAACCCAAGCGUCUGCCUUCGCAUGUGGACCCGGUGGAGGAGGGGGCGGCGGCGGGCGGCUCGGGGGAGGAAGAUGGCUGGUUCGGAAACGCCAGCGACAGCCCGUCCGAGUCGUCCUACGGGGAUGUCCAGGAUGAGCAACGCGUGUCCCCGCAGGACGGGACACCACGGACUGAGCCCGACACUCCAGCCGAGGGCCCCACGGGCUGUCCCACUCCCGUGCAGCGGCGGGCCUCCUUGGAGAUGCUGGGGCUUGAUGCCCGGCUGCUGACGGCACAGGACACGCUGUCGUCGGUGGUCUCGUCACUCUACGGUGACUCCGCCCAGGGAAACCUGGGAAAACCCCUCAGCAGCAACUUGCGGAGGCUGCUGGAGUCGGGUACAAUGAAACUAGAAGGGGGGGAGCUGGUGGGCGUGCGAGGAGCCGCCCGGGGGACGGAGUCUCCGCCAAUGGGCCUCGCUCUGUCUCCAUCGUCGCACCACGCUCAACAGCUUAGCGCGCUAGCUCGCCGAUUAGCCAGCAGCAACAAUAAUAGCGGAAACUCCACCACUUCUUCUCCCGCAUCUGUGGCAACUGUUAAGCAGGAGCCUAGUGACCCAUUUGGACCUACUGAGGCUGCCGGUUCAGGCAGCUCUGGGUUUGUUUGGAUUGGACAAAUGGCGGACAAAUGGCCUCCAGCGGCUAGCAGCAGUAGUCUGUCGCCUGACUCGGCCAUCCAGAAGCUAAAAGCGGCCGCCAACGCUGUCCUCCAGGACAAAAGUGCCGUGGCCUCGUCCACUUCUGCCUCUUCAUCCUCGUCCUCUUCGUCGUCCUCUUCGGUGAGCUCUGUUCCGGCCUUAGGCAGUCGGCAAGAUGACGCCAUGCGCUUCGACGCCUUCGCAUCACCCUUCUCCUCCCAGUCGGCCAGUUCUACACUCGCUGCCCUGUCCAAGAAAGUGUCGGAGCGCAGCCAGCAGCAGCAGCAGCAUCAACAGCAGCAGCCGCCGCAGCCCGCAGCCCCGGACCACCAGCCCUCGGCUGCCUCCUUCCUGUCCCUCGUCUCAGUCUCCAUGACCUCGUCCGCCGCCCUGCUAAAAGAAGUGGCGGCACGGGCAGCUGGGAACCUGCUGGCCGAUAAAAAGGAGCCGCCUCCACCGCCGCUGGGGCUGGCCGCUACUGAGGACAUCAAGCCCCUGCUGGACAGGAACCAGAAGGCCCCCACGCCCACCCAGACUCUGGACCUUCUGCUGCCCACCACCCCCAAGGGAAGGGCCAAGCCCAGCAGUCAAGCAGGUUCACCCGAGGACGGCGGGAAACCCUUCCAGUGUCCGGUGUGCGGCCUGGUCAUCAAAAGAAAGAGCUACUGGAAGAGACACAUGGUGAUUCAUACCGGUUUAAAAAGCCACCAGUGUCCCCUGUGUCCUUUCCGCUGUGCUCGCAAAGACAAUCUCAAGUCCCACAUGAAGGUGCACCAGCACCAGGACCGCGGCGAGACGUUCCAGUGCGAGCUGUGCCCCUUCACGUCCUCGCGCCACUUCAGCUUAAAGCUGCACAUGCGCUGCCACCAGCACUUCCCGAGACCGGACCUCAAGGUGAAGGACGAGCCCUCCACGGACACGGAGGAGGGCGAGGGCUCCCUGCUGGGUGACGGAGGCUCAGCUGGAGACCAGGCCAUGGCCACGGAAGCCUCCCCGUCCCCCGACCUGUCUCAGAGUGACGGGCAUCUGCUGGCGUCUCCCGGCGAGCCCUCCAACCACGUGCAGAUCAAGGAGGAGCCGCAGGACAUGGCGGUGACAUCACCCUUUGCCCCACUGUGCAGGGAGCGGCCCGGCAGCAGCAGCAGCGGCUCUCUGGACCUUCCUGGGCUCAAAACCAGCCCACCGGGUCCGGGUCCGGGUCCUGGUCCCGGUCCCACAGCUGCAUCGCUCUUUAGUCCUGAUAUCACUACCAAGACGGCCACGGACCUGCUGAUGAAACUCUCAGCGGCCAACCAGAAGGAGGCACUGAAGGGGGGUACCUUCUGUGUGAAGGAGGAGCCCCAUGCGGAGGAGCCCUUGAGCCCACCCCGCGGCCCCUCGUUCAGCCUGGCCCAAGACAGCCCCACGGGGCCCAGCAGGCCACGCCAGGAGGGCAGCCCCAUGCUGGCCAAGAGCAACCUCCUGAACCAGGACAUCAACAUGAAGGUGGCCUCAGAACUGCUCAUGAAGCUGUCAGAAAAUAACAAGGACUCCUGUCAUCAGAAAGUGACAGUAAAGGCGGAACCCAUGGAAGUGGACCCACCUUCUGAAGUGGCCCCUCCUCCCUCUCACCUGCUAGGAUUCAGCACUUUAGGGGCGUGUGAGAAAAAGGAGCCAAUGGUUGGCCUCCCAGAGCCUCUGCCCCGCCCCCAAAAGGACCUCUUCUCCCAGGACAUUUCGGUUAAAAUGGCCUCUGAGCUGCUCUUCAAACUGUCUGAAAAAGUAAGCAAAGCUAACGAAAACAAAGACAGCGCAUCAUUCGGCAUGAACAGCCCUUUCCUAGACGACCGCUUUAGACAAUCGCCCUUCAGCACACGCUCCAAGAGCUCUUCCCCGGCUGAGGCCAGUUCGUCUGCCAGGUCCACCCACCAGCAAGACUCGGAGAAGGCUCUGGGGGAGGCGGGGAAUGGUCUGGCUCAGUGGAGGAUAAAUGAACAACUCUUCCCCUGCCCUGUGUGUGGAAAAGUGUUCGGCCGCCAGCAAACCCUCUCCAGACACCUCUCCUUACAUACAGAGGAGAGGAAAUAUAAAUGCCACUUGUGUCCGUACGCCGCGAAGUGCAGAGCCAAUCUAAACCAGCACCUCACCAUCCACUCCGUCAAACUGGUCAGCACAGACACUGAACACAUCGUUACUGCGGUCAGCACGGACGGAGGAGAGCGCAAGAACUGCCCCUACUACUACAGCUGCCGAGUGUGUGGUUUCCAGACGGAGCUGAAUGCCCAGUUUGUGAGCCACAUGUCGCUGCAUGUGGAUAAGGAGCAGUGGAUGUUCUCUCUGUGCUGCAACUCGUGUGAAUAUGUGGGAGUGGACGAAGCUGAGAUUAAAGCCCAUAUCAACGCUGAACACGCAGGUGUGAACUCCAGGAGCCCCCUCAGCGAGAGUAAGAGCACCUCCUCCUCUCUCUCGGCCCUCAGCGACUCUCUCAACAGCUCUGAGGGGGGAGACGUUACCCAGGGAAACGAGGAACUCAAGAGCCUGCUGGCCCCGCCCUCCUCCGCCAGCAGCCAGUCAAGCUCGGGCUCAGGAACAGAGGAGAAAUCAGAAAAAGGCUUUGAAUGUGUGUUCUGCAACUUUGUGUGUAAGACGCGGGCCAUGUACGAGCGGCACCUGCAGAUCCACCUGAUCACGCGCAUGUUCGAGUGCGACAUCUGCCACAAGUUCAUGAAGACGCCCGAGCAGCUGCUGGAACACAAGAAGUGCCAUACCGUCCCCGCUGGAGGGCUCAAGUGCCCUCUCUGCGUCUACUCCACCAACAGGCCGGCAGCCAUGGAGUGCCACCUGAAGACGCACUGCAAGCCGGAGCACCGCUGCCGCAUCUGCCAGGCGUCGUGGGCCAGCCAGGCGGAGCUGGAGAGGCACGCGCGAGCCCACCGCCUGGGCAACCACUACCGCUGCGAGCAGUGCGGCUACCUGUCCAAGACGGCCAACAAGCUGAUCGAGCACGUGCGCGUGCACACGGGCGAGCGGCCCUUCCACUGCGACCGCUGCAGCUACAGCUGCAAGCGCAAGGACAACCUCAACCUGCACAAGCGCCUCAAACACGCCCCCCGCCAGACGUUCGGCUGCGCCCGCUGCCCCUUCACCACCACGCACCCGUUCGUCUACAGCCGCCACCUCAAGAAGCACCAGGGCGGGGAAGGGGGCGGCGAGGAGGCGGGAGAAGUCCAGCAAGGCGCGCUGUUCCUGGGCGGGGGCGCAGACGGCCACGAGCCCCUGGUGCUCCUGGAGGGCGGUGGAAGUAGCAGCGGGGGGAGCAGCAGCAGCAGUCCGCUCAUGAGCUUGAGCGCGUCGCAGGCGCUGCAGUCCGUCGCCCUGUCCAUCUCCAACAAACAGCAGCCGGACGGCGCUCUGGCCAGCCCGCACUACCUCUCGGCCAAUGGGGGGGCCUCGCUGGCCGCCCGCUACUCCGAUCCGUGCAGGACCUACGACCCGGCGCACCUCCUGGUCCCCCUCACCACACUCUUCACCGCCCGUCGCUUCACAUUCCACAGCCCCUCCCCAUCACGCUCCUCCUCCCCCUUCCUCUCCAGACUCUGGCCACGCCCUUCCUCACACGCCACGCCUCCAUCGUCGCCCGCGUCACCCAAGCACUCCUUCCUGGCCUACCUGGGGUUGACGGAGAGAGCGAAAACCGUCUGACCCCCCGCCCCAGUUUUUUAACCUACCUCCUUCUCAACCAACAUUUCAUUUCAUUCUUUCCCUCCAUCUCUUCUUCUUCUUCAUCCUCCACUCUCAUCCCCGGAGCACCUCUUUGGCCGUCAGGAGUCACCGAUCGGAUCUUCUUUCCGUCAGCAGCCGGAAAACAAAAACAAAACGCUGCUCCUGAGAAUUUAACGGAGAACACGACAAAAAAAUAAAUAAAAAAACUCACGAAAGAAACAAACUUUCACACACAUACGUCUAUCAGGAACGGAACACGUCUAAAGGAAAAAGGCUGUACGUGCUCGAUGCAUUUAUAUCAAAGCUGCUUUUUUUUCUUUGUUCUGUCAAUCGAAAUUUUAUUAUUACUCCUUUUUGUUUCGGUUGUUUUUAAACGAUGUUUCCGUUUGGUUUUUAACACAGAUUUUUGAAUGAACAGGAAACCAAUAGUAGUGCUUUAUCUAGGAUCAUUUCGUUUUAUUUUUUCCAGAGAGAAAAAGAAAAAAAAAGAGAAAACAAAGAAGAUGCAAACGUGCAAGCGCUCAACAUUUUUGUGCAUUAGUAUGCCGACCUUUUUACAAAGCAUCAGAUAGCAUGCUCGCCUAUGUGUUACGAUUGUUUUCUAUGUCAUUAGGGGUUCGAUACGGAAUAUCCCAGGGGGGGCGUUUGCAGCACGACAAAGAGAAAAUAAAGAAAAAAAAAAGAAAAAGGAAAAACAAAAGAACGAAUGAGAAACAACAGGAAACGUAUCGUUUUGUUUUUCGAGCCUCGUUUUGUUUUUCGAGCCUCAAGCAGACGCCUCAAACCACGCACUUGAUUAUUUAUCGAACUGUACAUAGUUUUGUAGCCCCUCCCUCCACCCCACCCUUCCUCCUCGAAAUCUCUCGCCUCUUGGGUUUGACUGGUUUUCGGAAACACUGAUCUGGCCUCCGGGAGCAGGCUGAAGGCCCCGUUCUUUCUUUGCCAGUCAGGCAACAGCUGAUGGCAGUAAGGUUUAGCUGUUAAAAAAAUUUGUUCGUUUUAUGUAUUUUCUUUUUUAUUUCGUUUUUUUUCGUUUUGUUUUUUCUUCGCACAAGCCUUUCAAGGGCAUGCUGGUGGCCCAAGCAAUCCUGGUCUCCCCAUAAGGGCUGUCCGUCUACCACGUUCUUGAGAACCACACCACCUUCGCCAUAACUAUCGGUUGCCACAGAUUGUGCCAAUAUAUUAUAGUUACCUUAAGGUGGAGCGGCCAGCCGUCUUCUGUAGGCAGAAGAAGAGAGGAGAUGAGUGAAGAUGAGCGACAGACCAGUCGAGCGCCCUGUGCAUAGCUAUCGUAUGUAAUGUGCACCUAUACAUUUAAGAAGAUUUAUGAGGUGACGGGACGAGUCCAGUCACAUAAGGCCGAUUCAAUGGUGCUUUUUGGAGCUUUUUUGUAAUUUUUUGUGUAAAAAAAAAAGAAAAAAAGAGAACCUGUUCCAAAAUGACUUGAAUGAAUGUACUUUUCGUUGGUUAAUGUUAAAGUGAUACAGAGGUAGCUGGGGUUCGUUGAGUGAAGCUAUGAGAAAAACAGUGGUAUAUCGGUGGCCUUCUGUGUCUUAACAUUUCUUUUGUUCUGGUUGCAUUUUGUUCGUUUGUUCAUUUUGUUUCGUUUUUUUAUGAGCCUUUGAAAUGUACAAUAUAUAAAUAUAUACAUAUAUACAUAUAUAAAUAUAUAUCCUGUACUAACAAGCUAUUAUGAAGAUCUCAUUGGAUAAUGGCUCUUAAGUGCAAUGUGGAGGCAGCCAUUAUUUGGAGGAGGUUUUGUGGAAGCGUUGCUUUCGCUAAAGCGGGCAAACAUGGUACUACAAUUCUAUGUUCCCCCCUUAUUUUUAUUUUAUUUUUGAGUUUUAAUUGCACUUAACAUUUUAGAAAAAAAAUAAACAUUUCAGACAGAAAGCACUUAAACCCAAUAAAAAAAAAAUUAUUUAAUGCCAAUUCCUCUAACCACCUUGUCAGACCACAAUGGCGGCGUUUAGCCUUCAGUGCGAAUGCCUCCUCACUUGAUAUCUACCUGGUAUAUGACUGGUUGGAAAUGUGAUUCUAUGAUUCUAAAGCUAUUGAUGUUGUAAACAGAUUUAGGCCAAUCAGCAGCCAGCGUUGUGCUGCUCCUUUAAAAAAAUAAAAAGACUAGAACAGUAGGCGCUUAGUAGACGUUCACCUGGGCACCGAAGGACCAGGCUAAAAUUCGAAACGCCAGUUUUGCACAGUGCUGUAAAAAGUUGCACUUUUCCCAAACGAAUCGAUAUGAUUGAAUCUUAAAUUCGUAAUGAAAUGAACACUUUAUGCUAGUGUACAAUGAUACUCUAACUACAUAAAUAUUUAGAAAUGAAUCUGAGGAACUGCUGUAUAAUAAUGCUCCAAGGUGUUUGGUUCUUCGAUAUACAGUAUGUUAAAGCUGGCAGUAGAUUUCAACCUCAAUUGAAGUAAAACAGCAUCUUGUUCGCCAAAAUAAUGAUGUGAAUUGACUUUGUACAUUCUAAUCAUCGCCUUAUUUCUUCUAAGACCUCCAUCUGACUGUGACUGGUCCAUAAUUUCUGCCUUGUUUGUUCUGGGACCUCCCCCUGUCUGUGAAAAGUCAAUCCUUUGUUCUAAGCCCUUAACUGACUGUGAUUGGUUAUAAUCCCAAUGUUAUUUGUUUUAGGGUCUCCCCUCCAACUAUUAUUGGUCAAAAUCAAUAGUUUUUGAGACCUUCACCUGACUGGAAUUGGUUCUAAUUCCAAUGGUCUUUGUCCUGUGACUUCCCCCUCCCUCCUUCUAACUGUGGCUGGAGACUUCCCCUUGACUGUGAUUGGUUCUAAGCAUUGGAUAUGGGACCACUGCCUAACCUGGAUUGGUCCUAAUCUUUUUUUUUUGAUACCUUCCUCUGACUGUGAUUUGUUUUAAUUCUCAUAAUCUUUGUUUUGGGGCCUCCAGUUGACAGCAAUUGGUUCUAACCCCAUUGUUUUUUUAUUCUGUGACCGCCACUUAACUAUUACUGGCCCUAAGUACAGUCUUUCUCAAAAUUCCACCUGACUAUGACUGAAAUCCAAUGUUUUUUUAUUCUAAGACCUCCCCCCUAACUCAGUGUUUUGCCUUGUUCUUCUGUUUUGCGUCUCCCCUUGACUGUGAUUGGUUCUAAUGCCAAUUAUAUUUUUUCUGUGACUUUCCACUGACAGCGAUUGGUUCUAAUUCCCAUGUUUUUUUGCUCUGAAACCUCCCCUUAACUAUUUAUUGGUAAUAAUCACAGUCUUAAACUUCCCCCUAACUAUGGCUGGAAUCACUAAGACUUUCCAUUGAACUGCUUGUAAUAAGAUCGCUCCCUGACAGUGAUUGGUUCUAAUCUUAAAGAGCAGGCGUUUAGCGAUACUGGGGGAAAACGGUACAUGUUCUUACAGUUUCUACAGUUAGUCAUUAACCACAACAACAUAACUGUAUGAGAUGCUAAAAUAGCUAUAGCCAUGUCAAAAAUGCUAAAAAUAAAGAAUGUUUUCGAUGUGUAACUGAGUAAUUCAAGAAUAUAUGGCUUCCAAUUUUAUUAAUUAUCCCUAUUGAAAGUAUUUUGGUUUUCAGUUAAGCUAGGACUAUCUACAGACUGUACGAAGUACAGAAAAUCCUCCAAGGUUAGAAACCCUUGAUUUUAGUUACAUUUGAGAUCAGAGUUAACACUCCUAAGAAAGAAGAAACCCCUGGAGCAUUAUUUAUAGAGGUGACCUUUGGAUGCUAUAAGUGCUCCCUCCCUAAUUAAGCUCUUUUUUGUCGUUUGCCUUUGGAGAAGGUGAAUUGGGAUGAAGAUGUGUGUUUUUCAGACCAAGUUGUGAAUUUCUAAAUGCUGGCGCUUGCAUUACGGCUAACGGCUAAGCUAACAGAAGGCGUGUUGGUAUUCCAACAAAGCUAUUUUCUUCUUUUUUUUUUUUUUUUUUUUUUCCUUUAAAUUUAUUUAUUUUUUUUUAACUAUUUGCUACAUUUUCGACCCAUGUUGAAAAGGAAACUGACCUCUGCAUAUAUGCCCAGCAUGCAGUCUAAGUGCUAUGUCGUAUCUUAAGUGGAGCCCCCUCCCCCAAACCCUUCGUUUUCUUAUUGAGGCACCGACUCAAUACGUUCUUUUAUGCUCUAAUGCCACUUGACUGGAGGAAAGAGUGGCCUGGAAGCCCUGAGAGUGAGUCUAACUGAUUCUCGGGACCCAUUUCGUCUGGAAUUCGUUCAGAUCGAAUGUCCGCUGGGCAGAGAUCCCUGUUGGUCGGCCUGCCUUGGCACACCGCGUAAUCAUUAUGUAAAAGAAGAUGGCUGCAGCGCUGUCCUGUCCGAUUGUGUGGGCAGGAAGUGGAGGACAGACGUCCCUCCCUGCGCUGACACCAGUAUUUAUAAGCACUUAUUCUUUUCCUCUUUCGUUUGCCUAAUUGCGAAGCGGCAGUACUUUAUUUUCUUUUUUCAUUUCUGACAUCAUUGUGCAUUAUGCCAGACUACCUUUUUAGCCCUUCAAAAGAUGCAUGGAAUUGCUCUCUUGUCUUUCUAGCUCGUAGCACUUAUGUUUUUCUACUUUAAAAAAAAAAGGAAAAAAAGAAAAAAAAAAAACGAGUUCAGUUACCUUGACAUUUUUGUUUUCAGCACAGUCCGUUUGCUUUUUGCAAUUUUUUUUAUGUAUUUUAUGACUCAAUAAGGCUCAAGUAUCAUUUUUUUGUUUGUAUUUCUUUUUUUUGGCACUCAGUAAAAUUAUGUGCUGUAAAAAGCUUUUUUAUUACUUCAUUCUUAAGGCUGUACAGGGUUGUUUGUGACAAUAACUGGUAAUUAGACCAUUUGUACCUUUUAUUUUUGUUUUGUAUUUUUUUUCUCCUGGGUUUGGCAUUUCUUUAUGUUCAGAUUGCCAGUUCUAAAUGUAACAGGAUUUGAAAGUAAAGCUUACAUCAGAUAUUAAA